GUCACGUGACGAGUCACGUGGCUCGAAGCUCGCCACUGCAGAUCCGCGGCGGCCGCCAUUUGCCCCGGGGGUCCCGUUAGCGUCGAGUGGAGCAGCGCCCGCAAGCCCCGCUCGGAGAAACGGAGGGUGCCAUGGGCGGCGGUGGCUACCUCUUGCUCGUGCUCAACCCGCCCUGGUCGCCCGACCACAAGGAGCCCAUCCUGCAGCGCGUCGCUAAAGGACUGUUAUCAUGGGACGUGAAGGCAACGGGCACGGACCUUUCCUCAGCCGAAAAGACAUGCUUGUCGGUCAAGGUCAGCGCUGGCCCUCACAACGAGCUCCUGAUCCAGCACUCGACCGAGAGCCUCGCCCUGGAGGUGCUCCUCAACCCAGAGGUGUCCACGUUCCGGCAAUGUUUCCAGAACAUGAUGCUCUCCGGCACCACACACAAACACGUCAUUCACGCCGGCUACGCCUUCGGGGGGUCGGGGGACUGGAUCCUCCGGGACGGCGUCUUCAGCUGCCACGACCUGGAGUCGGCCCUCCAUGAUCCAGAGGUCGAACAGGCCCUGCGAAAGCAGAGGUUUCACACCCUCCAUGUCCACUGCUCCCCCGAGGGCUCCUGGCGCCAGCCUCCGGUCGGGGUGAGCCUCAACCCUCCGGACAUCGUGGACCAACUGGCGGGAUCCAACCACCUGCUCUCCUGCCUGGACACGGUGCUGACUAGUCCGCCCCUGACGAGCCUCCUGCCAUCGUCCAGCGUGGUGGGCAACAUCCGCUUCAGGAGGCCCACCAUGUACGUGUUUCCGGGCGGCCAGGGCGACUGCGCCCUGUUCGGUGUCACCGGCUUCACGCUGCUUGUGGACGGCGGGUUCGCGAGGAAGCCUUGCUUCUGGGAGUUUGUACGACACCUGGACCGCCUGGACUCGGUCCUCGUCACCAGAUUCAACCAGUUCAACUCGUGCGGCCUCACUGCUCUUGCGCAGAGGAAAGCGCUCGAGAGAGUCUACCCGCAGGUGGGACACGUCUUCUGUAAUGCGGUCAAGUCUCCGUCCGAUGAGGAGCUGCAGAAAGACCGGGACCAGCUUCUUGUCAGCGUAGUUGCGCAAGGACUGGAAUUUUUACAAGGAGUCCGGGAAAUGGGUCUUGCUCCUCAAGCCUGUCGCCAAGACCAGCAUCCAUUGACCUUGUACCACAAGGUCGGACACGGGACGCUCGAGAUGUACGUCUUGAGCCCAGGACGUGCGAACGACGAGGACAGCUCUGUGUGUGUGCUUCUGGUGUGGCGACCUGCCAAAGUGUCCGAGCCUGUAACCCGCAUCCUGCUGCCUGGCAGCGCAACACAGAGCGUCAUAUUUGAAGGUUUGAAGAAACUGAGCCACCUUUCUGUGUUAAAAAGUCGUGCGGUGACGGCUGAGACGCGGAUCGGACUCAAGAAGCCCAAGGUCCAGGAAAAGCCGGUGCGGGCGGCGUCCGUUCCGCCCAGGUCUGGCGUGGCUAGGAGGGCAACCGGAAAAGUGGAAUCACCGUCACCGUCCCCGACGCCCCCGGAAAAACCAAAAGCAACUUCCAAAGUAAAGGCCAACAAGCCCGUCGAGCACAUUGCCAAAAGACAAGCAGAAGAGCAGAAAAAAGCUGCUCACAAGGCAGCCAAAAAAGAACCAAAGAAAACUGUUAUCGACAAGAUAGCGGAACAAGUAGACGAAAAGAAAGAAGACAAGCUCUCCGUGAAAGAUGAAACGACAGCCAUUGAAAAUAUCAUAGAGAAGAACAAUAUCGUCGAAGCACUAUCUAAGAAAGAUCAGGAUGACAUUGUGGACAAAGAACUGACCAACCUCAUAACCGACAGAACUUUGGAGAAAACAAAAGGCGACGCAAAAAAAGUGGAUACAACAGAACCCAGUGACAGGCACAAGCCCACGGAGAAAGCUUCCGCUAAACGUGAAGUAAAAAAAGUGACCCAGCCGAAACCAACAGCAAAGUCCAAAGGAGCCAAGGAUGUGACAAACAAAAAAACCGUGGAGGCUAAAGCUGUUGCUCGCAAAGCAAUCGAACCUACGAAAGCGAAGCCGCGUCCGGCGGUUACUCCUCCUACAAAACCUCUGGUCCGGGACUCAAGGUCGAAAUCACCAGCUAGUUCAGCCUCCAGUUCCCCCAAGCACGCCCCUUCCAAGCCGACGCAUGAACGACCAGUGAGGUCGGUAAGGGGAGGAGCACGGACUGCAAAACAGGCUUUGGCAGCGCUGGAAGGAGCCGCUGAUGUUGCUCUUUCGAAGGCUGGCGAAAAACCAACCGCCCAAGUGAAGCCCGACAAAAGAAUUGAACUUGUGAGUCAGUCUGCGGAUGAAAGUUCAACUUCAAGAGAGGCAAUCGAAGAAAAGGAAGCGACGGAAGCGACCAAGGAAGAAAAGCCAAGCUUUGAAGGAGUGGGAAGCAGUGAAAGCCACAAGGAGACAAUCGAAGCAGAUCAACUAGAAGAACCUCUACCAGAAGCUCUCGAUAAGCUUCACGUACAAGGUGAAAUCAGACCUCCAGAAGAAAUAAUUUUACAUGAAGCUGUGGCAGGUUUACAGGAAACUGGUAGGGAAGAAAAGCCGUCAGAGCAGAAACCGAGUGAUGAAAAAGGUGAGCUCGACGAGUUAGACCAUGUACCAUCACCGGAGCCGACAGUAUCAGCAUCGUCUGAAGGCGUUCCUUCUCUUGAGGAUGAAAUUCUAGAGAUUUCGCCAAGAGACAACGCAUCUGUUCCUCCCUGCGCUCUUGAAGCGGACCUGAGCCGAGUUCGUGCCCUCUCCAGCGGACAGCGAACUCCAGAUUCCCUGGAUACACCACGCGAAGUCGGAGAUGGCACUGCUCCAUCCACAGAGCAAGAUAUUUUGGCUGCUAUGGAAAAACACAAGCUUGUUUCCAGAGAACAAGUCGCGGAAAUGAAAAGGCGAGACUCUUUGGACUCCAUUGAAGGAGAAGUUCCAAUCGAAGAAGAGGAAGCCGUCCCGUUGCAUCUAGAUGCUGAAAAGAUGGCACCAGUUUGUUCCGAGCAAGCGAAACCGUGGGAGGCAGAGUCAAAUAUUCACCAGGUAAAAGAAGUGGGGCUUUCUCCUGAACUUAAAGCCCCUUUUGGAAUCACCGUUGACACCAUUCACUCCACUGAGAUCCACAAAGAGGAGACAGGUGCAACGCCCCAAGUCGCUGAUAUUCAACAGCAACCGGGGCCUAUUACUCCUCCAUUUACCCCUGACAACAAUAUCGAUGGCGAUGAAGUAGCACACGAAAGUCAAGAGAAAUUACUAGCCACCUCUCAAGUCAGUCACAAAGACGAAAAAGAACAAGAUGUUGCAAGGCGCGAUGAACGAUCGCCUUCGACGGAUUAUAAUUUACGGGAAGAUGAAGGCAACAAAAAGGCAACAGCCAGGUCUCCUCUUCUUACAGAAAACUCCCAAGUACCCCAUAGUAAAAGAGAUUCUCUGUUAAGCGACGACAAUGAGAUGCAGGAGUACGGCUUUGUGAAAAAAGCAGAAGACGCAUUAGACAAAAAAGAGUCAGAUAAGGAGGACAUUCGUGAACUGAAAGAUCAAAAAGAAACCUCAGAUGUUCAGCAGGCUUCUGUCGUCUCAGACACAGAAAUGGUACCCCUCGAAGAUAUCAGUAGAAAAAGCUCCCAAUUGCUUCCCUCUGCUGAGAUGACUCCUGGCGCUGAGCCCCUGACGGCCGAAGAUAUUUCAGCCGGAGAUUCACACGGUGAUCACGAAGCGUUCUUGACUACUGCUGAAAAUGAAGAUGCUAAAAAGAAGCACCCUUCUCUCCCUAAAUCAAAGCCAGAACAAGUUACAGAAAAAGAAAUGCCUGAUAUCCCUGGAGAAGCGAAACCAACACAACAGUUUGUUGAGCCUGAAGAGAUUAAAGGAAAAAUAUUUCAAGCUGCGCAACCUGACGAUGGGAGCUUCUCUUCGGAAUCACUAGUGGAAAAAGAUUUUCUGGAACACGCUAAAAGGAAAGAUGAAGAAGAACAAAAGGCUGAUGAAAGUCUCGGCGACGUUUGUGACAUUCCAGUAGGUUCUGAGGGGCUUGAGGAAGCUGAAAUAAAACCCAGCGAUGCCGCUUCCAGACCAGUGGAACAUUUGCCUACAGACGAAGAUAUUCAGCUACACGCCAGAGAACCACCUUCCAUCAUGGACAAACAUCCCCAAGAAACGUUGAAGUAUUUAAAAAGUGAUCAGACAGAAACCAGCAAAUUCGAAGAUGACGAGCCCAAGGAACAGGAAAUCAAACCAAUGAAAUCGGAGACGAAACAAUCCGCUGAAGUAAUAACUGCUUUUACAGAAGAAAUUAUCUCGGAUUCAGCGAAGCAGCAUUCCCCAAAAGAAGAUAUGAGUAAAACAAAUGAACUAGAACUUUACCAAGAGCAAACUGCAGCGCCCCCUGAAAAACGAGAUGCAAGUCAGACCGAGCAAAAAGAAGAGAAGCCUGCAUUAUCGGCAGAACCUGUGCACACCGAGAAGACCGAUCAUGAAAUAAAGUCUGAUAUUAGUUUUACUGCUUUAGCAACCCAGGACCUGGGUGUUGAACAGGCUUCCUAUCCAGAGCCUGACUAUAAAGCAGAAGACUUUGAAGCUCCAUCAAUCGCAAAAGAAAGUUCGUCUCCAACUGCUCCCGACAGUGGCAUUUAUGAAGAGACCACGGAGUUUCCUAGAGAGCAGUCAGAAAUGCAACCACAUGAAACUGCCUCGGAGGAUGGUGAUACGUCGACAACGCCUAUAACAUUGAAGCCUGAGAGAACCACAGGUCUUGAACCCUUUAAAGUGGGAACCGCGGAAAACAUCGUUGAUGAGUCAGAAUUCCUCAUCGGAACCAAAACUGAAGCUCCGUGUUUAGAGAAGUUCGAGGAUCUUGAACCAAAACCCAAAGCUUUUCUUCCUGGAGAACGUAAAAUUGCUCAAGAUAAGGAACAAGAACCAAGCAAAGCCGCCGCCACCAAACUCUCCGAUGACAAAGCUGUUGAGCCUGAAGAUUCUCAAAGACCAAGGUUAGAUCAUGCCCAAUCAGAAAGGCCGCAAUCCACCGAAGCUGAAAAAACUACCGCGGAUAUUCCGAUGUCACCGGAGAGCGAGAAAACCGAUACCCACUUGAGGGAGCCCGUUCUGCAGGAUGAAGUCGGCGGUAGAGAUGGUGAGCCUGAUGCUAGUGUCGUUCCUCGGGCUGUUGUAGAAGCAAGAAGGGAAUCAGCGGAAACGACUGACGCCAAAAUCGUUAUGGAAAAAGAGAAAGCGCAUGAGUUCAGCGACGACAAGCCAAGUUUCCAAAAAGACAAAGAAAGCAGUGAAGCACUAGAACCGGAGCAUGACCCAUCUGGAAAAGACAAGCCCAUUGAAUUUUCAGAAGAUUCGAACCAGAACAUUAAAGAAGACACCAUUGGCGGAAAGUUUUCCAUGCCCGGGGAGGAUAUGGAUACGCAAGACGAAAGCGUGUCGCAAACGAAAAAGAGCUUCAGGGAAGAAGAAGAAGAAGAGGAGGAGAAAGAACCUAGAAAAUUGGAAGAACCUACUCCAAAAGUUACCAGUUCACUAGGAAGUUAUCCCGACGAUUCAAGUACACUAACCCAGGAUACCUCUUCCCAAACUACUGCCCAAACAAUUCAGUCACCGGAAAAAACUGAUUUGAAACCUCUCAUAUCACGCGAUGAAGAACGGUCGUUAACUAAUGGAUCUGACAGCUUAGAAUUGCAAGCAACAACUCCUGGUGUAGAUACACUUGCGCCUGAAGAACAAAAGCGGCCUGAAGAACGUGCCGUCAUUCAGCAAAGUGAGAUAGACACGCCAGGGGAGCGAGACAGCAAGCCCAUGUCAGAGGCGGAUGACAGAGUUUCUAAAAAACAAGCAACAAUCGACCUUGAAAAACUUAGAGAUGACCACGAGCGACAAGACGAAUUGACUUUUGAUGAGAGUCACUUUCAUGGCAUACCUGACGCCCGGACUCCACACACAAAAGAAAAAGAAGCUCCGGACGUACUUGCACGAGAAACAGAACCUCCUAAACUAAAUGAAAUGCCCGUCAUACUUCCCACUCAUUCCGAAGAAAGAAAAGACGAACCACGUCUGGUUCAGGAUUUAGCAAUCAAAAAAGAGGACAGCGAGAUUCCUCAACAAGACCUAAAUUUAGUAGAGGACGCACUCAAGGCCACUGCUGAUUUAGCAAACUCUUCGGCCCCAAUCUUAAGUCAUCUAGACGAAACUCAAAGCGAGCUUACUCGUGACAAGCUGCCUAGCAGUGAAGACCUCUCCGGAGUUAAAGCUAUUACCCCUACAAUCGCUGCUUCUGAGGAGGCUGUUCCCCCGCUGAGAAAAAAACGUGAGUUCGCAGACGAUGAAGAUCAUUAUAUUCAUCCCGUAGAAUCAGCUGUAAGGGACAUUUUAGAUGAAGACGUGCACUUAAAGACGACUAAGAAGCCAAGGAAGGACUCAAGGUCAGACGACGAAACGCUCGGAGUAUCCGAGAAGAUUUCUGGUCCUGGACAACACGAGGGACAACACCAGAGAAGAAUUGAAGUGCAAAGUAUUUCCGACGACUCAGUUUCGGAUCUGCCGGGUGAUACAGCAGCAACGCCGUCCGAGCCAGCUGAACAAACAAAACGUGACUAUCCAGAACUUCAUGAUGAUGACGUCUCAAAAGAAACUGAUGAACCCAAAAAAGUGGAUCACCUCCAACAGCGCCACCUCAAGCAACAUCCUUCUACGCCCGAAGAGAUGACAGCAACCAUGGGGAAAGUGCCACAGAAUAUAUCUGGUGAAGACAAAUCCCGGAUCGACCAAUUCGACUUGCCUCAAAAAGACUUCGGUGUUGAAAAGCUACUUGGAGACCAGAAUGCACAAGAAACCCCAGCACGUUCGAUGUCGGAUGGCUACGAUCAAACGACUUUAGAAUUAAAAACUGAGGAAGCAAAACAUAAAAUCGGCGAAGAACCACCUGACAUGCCAGAUUUCACAGAUUUAAACGAACGUAAACCGUCAAGGGGUGCAGUUAAGGAGUUGUUUGAAGAUAUCACAGGACCAACCCGUCAAUCGAAAAUAACCACCGAAGAAUCGGUCAUUCCCGUAGAGCCUGAGGCUGUUGAAGACCACGAGAAACUCGUCGUUUCAUUUACCUCGGAUCAAAGCGAAGUUAGAGUCAGUCCCGAUUUUCCGACGAGGGAAGCAGAAAAACAAGACCAAACUAAACCAGGGACUCAAGAGGAACUACUAGAAGAUGCGUACCUUAGCAAACGCGAAUCAAGCGUUGCCAUUCAAAAAGACUCCGAUCGCGUCGAAACAUCCGUUCGAAGCCCGCAUAUUAUUGACACUGAACAUCACAAACCCGAAGAGCCUAAGGACGCCUGUCAUACUUCAGCUGACAAAGUUUCUCUGACCAAACUAGAGAACGAAGCCUUUACAGAUGAGGAUGGAGGAGCUCAGAAGCAAGAAGAAAAUAUUGAAGAUGUUGAAAACACAUCUUUAUUAAUAUCCGAGAAGGAAACAGAACCCCCAUAUCUGCCCUCCGAAGCUAAAGCACCAAGUAGUGGUGAAACUACAAGGCAACCAGAUCCACAACACCGCGACAAACUUUCGGGUGUUAUCGGAACUAACCUUCGAGAGGAUUUCCCCAGAGAGGAUGAAGAUACCACGCUGUUUAAGACCACAAGUGAGCACAUUAUCGACGAGCAUCAUAAAGAGGAAGCUCCCGACACAUCGGGCCUGGUAAAAAGAGAUGAAGACAUUGCCGAGCAGCCAGUGUCUUCCACUCGAAUUCAACCAUCAAAAGAGGAAGCUGGUUUAGCACCUACGUCACAAAGCUUAGAUCAAUCACACAAGACUGACGUCGAGGAGGAGGCUAUGGACGUUCCCGUCCAAAAGCAAGAGACGGCAGUUUACGAAAAAUCACCUGACAUGGGGGUAAGAAUUCAUGUUGGUGACAAAAAAGAAGUUGAAAAACCCCAAGAAGAAAUCAAGCUUGAUUUAAGCGACCUCGAACCACACGCAGCAGAGCAUGACGUAAUUUUGGCAUCGCUAGCAACCCUAGUAAAAAGUGAAAUACCUGCAACCUUGGAUACAUCAACAGUAAAAGCAGUCGAUCACUCUGAAGCACCGCAGACCGUUUUAGAGAAGCUUAUUCCGGGAGCGCAUCACCAAAUAGACGAUGACGUACUACUGGAAGACCUUAAAGCUUUUGAAGCAGAUUCUGGGGAGGUCACCGAUGGAAUGGAAGCUACUUUUCCCACUGACGAAAACUUAAAUGUAAAGCAAAGCCUGGAAAUACCUCUUGCUAAAGCUUUGCAAGACCAGGUAACCGAGGAAGACGCAAUCGUCCCCAAAGAAGGCGUUUCCACUGGUUUUGAUUUCAGAUCACCAUCAGAAGUUCUAAAAGUACAUCUUCCGAAACCUGAAAAAGAGUCUGACAUUAAUGAGGUUUUUGCCGAGUCUGCUCUCCUACAAAAUGCAUCUCCUAACGAAGACGACAAGCUCCUUUUAGAAUCUCUCAAACAAGAAAUAAUUGACGAAUGUUUGCUACAAAGUGAAAUGGUUGCUAGCCAUGUCCCACUUUCGCAACAUGAUGUACCACCAGCUGAUUCUCUAAAUGAACUCACUGACAAAGCCCCUUCAGACAAAGCACCGACUGUCUUUGCUGAGAAAGUUGAACAGAGGCCAGAAGCAAGGCAGUUGUUACUUGGUGAUCAUGCGUCUGCUGAAGAAAUUGGGAAGAUUUGCCUGAAAGAUGGCACAGAUGUGCGCCCUACGGCCCCUUCGCCCGCACACGUAAGCGAAGAGAAAGUCACUCAAUCAUUCUUAUCCUCAGCUGCUGAAGACUUACAUGAUGAGGAUUCUCAUAAUAUAUUAUCAGCCGACAAGCCCGAGGAUAUCUUAGCUGAAGAAUCUUCUUUGCCUGCCUCAGAUCUUCCAGACACCGUUUCUCUCUCAAGAGAGUCACCAUUAAAAGACGGACUCAUCGACAAGCAAGACGGCUCGAGCCCUUCAGAAGAAUCUGCUGAACAUCCCGGCAAAAUACCUCAAGUUGCUAUAAAAGAUCAACACUCAGAAGAGCCCGAACAAGACGGAGAAGAUGAUUCAUUUCUUCCUGACGAUUCACUGCCUGUCGUGCAAACUGCAAGAGCGCCUGACGACACACGAGAUGAGGAGGUACUUCCAAAACAGUCCGACACCCUAGAACCAAACGAAAGCAGACAAAAACCUGAAGAUGGAAGGGGACUGGAUUCUUCUAAGGAGCUUCCAGAAGAAGCACUUGACAAGCCAUCGAGAACACUAGGUCCCGAAAUGCGCUUUCCACAAGACGACACUGACACGCAUAUAUCAGAUACUUCUAAAGUUUAUGAAACCGCACCAUCUGUUCUUGAAGCACCGGCGGACGUUGCUGAUGUUGAUCAAGCCCCUCCCGCGAAGUCUCCAGAACAGCUGUCAGUCAUCGGUUCGGAAGAUGUGAAGCAGGACAUACCAGCGGUACGGGAUGUGCACGAGACGGCUUCGAGACCUAUUGAAGACGCGGCACCGGAUGACGGACAGGACGCCAUGAAAUAUGUGGAGGAAGGCCCACGUGGUGCACUGGAAUCUGAUCCUGCUGAAAGACGGCUGAAUGGCCAUGAUACUGAGUUUCUCGAGCAUGUCGAAACUUUAAACUACAUGAAGCCAACGGCUCAUAUGACAAAGCCAGGAAUUGACAGCGCAAUCUUCCUGUCCGACACCAAAGAAGAUUUAGAAAAGGUUCCCAUGGAAACAACUCUGGCGCCAUCCUCAGAAAACGUCUUGGGCGACGUAGUGCCAGUUAUUUUGGGAAAAUCUUUCACAGAAGAGCGUUCCCAUACGUCAUCAUUGCCUGUUGCUAAUGAAGAGCAUGAGGAGCUUACGAAGACAUCAAAGAUAAAAGCUAGUGAGCAUGAAGACCUUGAAGACACCUCGUCAGAAAUAUUGACCAAGCUUCCAGAUAGUACUUCUAAGAGCGAGGAGCUCGUGGUUUCUUCAGCUGAUGAAGCUGUAAAAGAAAUAAAGAAGCAGGAACCAGAUCAAGAUUUCAAUAACAUUUUAAAAGAUAAACAAGAAGACGUGAAAGAAGCUACGGAAGUGAAGUCAGAUGUCUGCGAGGCAGCGGAUACACAAAAAACUUUCAGGGUUGCACCCACAGUAGACGAGGAAAAUAUUACCCCUGAUGUGCUGCUAUCAGGCACAGAGAGUGUAAAAGACGAACUUCCCAUUCGGGUAAGACAGGACGGUUCUGACAAAGCACUCGACAAAACUGAUAUAGAGAAAUUCGAAUGUUUAUCUGAAGAAGGCGAAUUAAUAGAAACAAGCCUUAGGACCCCUGAUGAUGACCGACAAUCUUACCCGUCUACUUCCCAAGUUAUCCAGGAGUCAAGUGAGGCAGGUACUAUUCUCAAGGAAGUGAAAGAACCCGAGGGUACCGCAGAAAUUACGGAUCAUUCAAAGGCCUCAAGGGUUGAGACGCCAUUAGUCAGUGAGCCCACUCUUGAAAUUAAAGUGAUUUCACUCCUUGAAGAUCCUAAGACGCGAGAUAUAUCUCAGCAGCCAAAAGUACUGGCCGCAAAAGAUCUGGGAGAGCUGACAGAAAAGAUAGACGACGAAAUUCACGAAAAUGGUAGCCCAAAUAUACAAUACGUGGAGUCGGUACCAAAGGUCUUCUCAGUUGAUGUCCACGCAGAAGAAGAGACGAAUUUGGCAUGGAAAGAGAAAGAAACAGAGCCAGAGCUGCACAAAGAAGCAAUUCCUUGUGAUAUCAGCGUUGAACCAGCAGAAACAGAGGACAUAUCGAGCAAGAAAGUGCCUGGUCAAGUGCCCGAAGAAAAAACCAUGGAAAGCAAGCAGCCACCGGCGAAACCGUCAGAAGCUGCUGAUGCCCACGAAUUAACUCAAGGGUUCAUUGAAAAAUUAACAGACACCUUACCAGCCCCUGAACAUGACACAGGGAAACAAGAGCCCACAAAAGAUGCAGUUUUGGCAAAUUCUGAAAUCAAACUUCCUGUUCUACCAAAGUCAAUGUCAGUACCCGACAGAGAAGACCUGAUAUCUUGUGGAACUUUGCAAGAUGGCAAAAUUAUGCAAACAAAAACAGAAACUGACGUACUCCCCAAGGACGGGACAAAAUAUCAGGUAAAAACAAUGGAAGAUCACGUCAACGAUGCAGAGACACCAAAAAUUGGAAUUAUAGCAAAUCUGGUUGAACAAGGAGUGGAGGGGGUUGGAGACUGGAUGAGAACUUCCAUUCACAAAGAUCAAAUUCAAGAGCCCGAUUCGUCGAGAAAAAGAGGUGAUAAGAGUGCUGUCCUGAGCCAAGAAGAGUUUGAGAAAUAUCAAGUUGAGAAGUCGUACGAUAAGAUGUCGCUAGAAACAAUUUCUCAAACAGAGAAACUAAAUCAGCAGUACGAGCUUCAGCGAGGUACCUUCACUUCAACUGAAGACGAGAGAGAAGACCGUGUGGAAGACGACAGACAAAGCACAGAAGAAACUCCCAUCGAAGUUGACAUGACUACUAAAGCGAAAACUGAGCUCCUUGAACCAUCAAAACCAAAAGAACAGACAAUUCCGGCAUCCGAGGCACCAUUGCAGGAUCCAACAGAGAUUCAGAAAAUUGAUACUGGUGACAAGCAUGAUAAAAUUAACAAAAUCCCGGAAGAUGAGGCAAGUCAGCUGAAAGUUGACCUUGAACAUCCGGACACGGCCGUUCUAAUGACGAAAGUCUCCGACGUCACUGAGACUCUGAAAGAUGUUGUGGGCAAAGGGAUUGAAGAUGGUGAAAAGUGUGACGACAAGCUGGCAGAAGAUUAUAUUAGUUUGACAGAAGAAGCUGUUGUGCGGACAACAUUUGCUCCGACAACAUAUCCGAAGCAUCUUCUUCCUUCAAUCCCAGGUGAUUCGACGGCCGUGGACUCCCAAGACCUCCUUAGCGAUAAACCUAUUUCCGGGGAAACGACCCAACAAGAAGUUCCGUGGAGCGGACACACAGGAGGUGGAACAGAGGCAAUGAAAGACCCUUCAGUGGAAAUAACCGAUCAGCCGAUAAAAGAUCCAAGGGCAUCUAUUUCCCUAACUGAAGACCCAGCUCUCACACUUUCGCAGAAAAGACCUUCAUUGGAGUAUGAAAGCUCUAUUACGUCCGUUUCGGACACGGAAUGUGGCCCGGAGGACAAGGGCCUGAAAGUUCCCCCAUCCGACAGCGGCUCCGAAGCUUUGAAAGAAGCUAGCGUAAUAGAUGGUGAGGGAAGUCGUUCAAGUCCAGAUGUUUCUUUGCCGAGCUCGCCAGUAGACAAAAUUCCACAUGAUAGCUCACGUUUAUCAAAGAAAGCUCGCACGCCUACUGAGUCCAAACCUUCCAUUUUUCCCCAAGAAUCAUCAGAAGCGGACAUCUCGAGUGAAGGAGACGACAGUCCACCCAAGAAACCUGCAAGUAUCGAAUCGGUGAAAACACAAGACACUUUCUCAGUAAAGGCUCCAACCGACGGUGACGACGUCGUAGCACCGAAGGACUUGCCAUCAAUUGAUCGUGAUAUUGCAGCGCAUGAGGUCGCUGCGGCUGAUUACUCUAAGAAAGAAGACAGUAAUGGGAUGAGCGAUGAUGGAGGCGUACAGAGUGAUACAUCUCACAUUGAGAAAGCUGGCAGAGAGGAUUCAGCACAAGCAAGUAGGCUGGUAGAAUGUGCUCCGGGCCAACAAUAUUUGACCAGUGGUGCAGAUGACGAAAUUCAAGGACAAAGUGAAACUUCAAUGGUUGCACGGAAGUCGUCAACUUCACUUGGUUCGUCUGAACCGGAAAAAGCUGACGUUUAUGGCACGGAAUACCGUGAAUCAGAGAACUAUAUGCCAUUAUUAACGCAUGACCAAAAAUAUACGACGCGCAAAGAAGGGGAUUUCAGCUUGCCCGAAGAUACGACUGAAAGAAGGGGGAGCCUCGUGCAGAUUAGUACAACAGAAGCUGCGGUGCCAAGCGAACGGAAUGAAUUAAACUGUCGCCCUGAUUCAUCCACUAAGGACAUGACAAACGCAGUGGCUCAAAACACAACCGAAAAACAAUCCGAGCUUCAACUCUCGGAAACACAUGAAACAGCCAGGGAGGAAGGCUUCACUGUGUCGAAACAAAUAGAACCCUCAACAGUUCCCAUGUCAGAUUCUAAACCAGUUCCUGAACAAAUGCAGGAUGAUAGUACGAGCCUUUACACGUUACCAGAACAAAAGCAGCAGAUUGGUAGCUCAGCUAAAGACAUCACGCUUCCAUCAUCUCAGUCCGUAUCAGCAAGAGAUACUGAAAUACUGGAUGACUAUUCAAAGCGACUGAAUUUAACCCGCGACGACAGAGUGAGCGUGGAUUCUAUUUUUAGCCUGACAUCUGAGGAAAGAAGCUAUGCGGAAUUAGAAAAACCAGAUUACAAUGAUGAAGUAGCACAUAUCACAAACGAAGGCAUUGAAAAGGGCUCUCUCUAUGACAACAAAAAUGAAGAGCGGGAAGAUUUUAAGAGAGAAAUCUCUCAGGAACAACUGGGGCCCGAACACUUUGAACAAACAGACAUGACUGAAAAGGACGUGGAAAAAGAUAGAAUCUUUGAUUUUUUGUCGUCAAAGAAACAUGCCGCACCAGUUGAGCCAGAAUCUAGCUUGGCCGAGGAGUUGGCAAAAACUGAAGAACCAGCGAGGACUCCCGCAAGGGCUUUUUCAGGCAGCAUGUUUGCUUCGAGCUCAGUCGUUCCCACUACUUCUAUUAAAGAAGACGAGUCUGAAAUCCUGCAGGAUGAUGCCAAGAAAAAAGAGCCUGCUGCACAUAAUAUCAAGUCGCCAACGCAUUCAGAUGUUCCGCAACAUGGUAUUGUCUCAGGACUUCUUGCAGCUCUACGCACAGAACUCUGUGUCAUUGACUCCGCGGAUUUGCUAAAGGAAGGUGUACUAGACGAGACAGAGACAAUUGUGACACCGCAAUUAGAGAAAACGUCUUCGGGCUCUAUAGAAAACAUUCCGCAAAAGAAAAUAGACGAGGACCUGAAGCCAUUGGACGAACUGACAUCGGGCUUAAGCAAGAUCUCCAGAGACCAAGGAAUGGACACGUCAGAGCAUACAACUCCUUUUGAAGAGCCUAGCAUGAAAAUCGAUCGAUCAGAAGUAGUUAGUGACGAAACAACUGAAAAUGCGAAAAUCACGGCAGAAAAAAAACUUUCGGGUGCAGUUGGCAUACUUGGUGAAGAAAUAAGGAAGGAACCCGAGGAGGAGCUCCACGGUGCUGCAACAGUGACCGAAAUCGUAGACGAAACUGAGCAAGACGACUUAACGAAAGAAGCGAAUCAAAUUAAGGUGAUUCGGUUUCAACUGCACGAUGAGCACUCAGCUAAAUCAGGAUCGAAAAAGCCAUUAUCUUUAAUACCAGAAGACUAUCCAACACCGUCGACGGCCUUCGGAACUCUUGAUGACGAAGAUAAAACAAGCACCCUGUUUGAACAAGCUGUACGCUUGGAACAGUCUCACGAAGCCGCAUUUUUGGAAGGUGCCACGACAGAUGAAGAAGACACAUCCUUGAAGCUUUCCCAACCUGAUCAUCAGGACGAUGUUCCUGCCAGAAUGCAAUCUACUGAACCCACGACUCAAGCUGUUAUCCCAACGGAGGAGAAAGAAUUAGACGAGGAAGGGCCCACACUUGCUGCUGCUUUGUCAUCUGCUCUUCCGACAGAACUUGUGUGCAUGGUUCAGUCUUCUACAGAUCUCCAAAAAGACAUAUCUUCACUCGCAAAGACGUUAGGUUCAAUGGAACUAGAACCGUCUGUUAGUCAUAAGCCAGAUACGGAAGAACCAGUGGAUGUCGCAGUCGGACUUGCAUCUGGCCUUCCCGUUGAGUUGGUCUGUGUGAUGGAAUCUGAGGAGGUGUGCUCCGAAAUAAAACGGGCCGGGAAAGAGGCGGCUCACAAAGCCUCUGAAAAAAGUGCCGAACUCACAGGAGCUAUACCUCCGGAGACAGACGCUCAAAUAUUAAUGUUUGAAGAGUCACAGCCCAAGAAGUUUCACGCACCUUCGGAAGACGAGUGCCAGACCCAGGGUGGUCGUAAAGAGCCUUUUCACGGCGAAAUAGAUGCAGAAAGAGUCCCUCUUUUUAGCCACAAACAAAAGUCUGAUGAGAAAUCUGGAAGGAUUGAACACUUUGAUGCAAAACAAGAGGCACAUGAACACGAUGAUCAGUCCCCUUCAGAUGCUAAGACACCACUGUCACCUAGUGUCGGACUGGUAGCUGGAUUAGCUGCUGGACUGGCGACCGAACUAGUUUGUAUUCCCCAAUCAUUAGAAGGAAUUUGUAAGGAUCCUCUUGAAACAGAACGGCCUUCCUCCGAAGUCACGACUCACGGGAUCGACAUGGGAUCGCCAAAAACUGAAAUUCCCGAGGAGCACGCUGUAUCGUCAAAAACGGCUCAAGGUUUGGAAAUGCACGACCAGCAACAGCUAAGCGAAGCUGGGUAUAUUGAUGAAGGUCGUCGACCAUUGCGCCAUGUGACUAUGGAGCCGGAAACUCAUCGAAUUGACACAACGUCCACAACAUACCAAGCUGAACACCCUUCCGAUGCUCACCCUAAUGACGCGGGCUUCAAAAGAGAUGAUGUCCUCGAUCGCUCUCUAACAGAUGGGUCUGAAAAAACAACUAUAACAUACGUCUAUAAAACCGGCGAUAGCGCCGAAGGCGGUACAGUUUGGGAACGGUCGGUUACCGGUGCACCCGGCUCUUUCGACUACGCUGAGGAAGGGUUCCCAACAACGCUACAAACGUCAGGCGUUCUAGAGCUUCGUUCGCCCCAUCAGGAAGAACACAAAGAAAACGAAGAGACUUCCGACGGUUCUGUUCGGAGGCAGGUUUAUGAAUUCCCUGCGGACCGCGAAGACCAAGACACUCCGAUUUCCCGAUCCGACGACUCAGGAAUCUCUUUUCCAGAGCACGCAGGUUCUUCUAUUCAAAAAGUGGCAAUGGAAGAAGUUGCUCGCAUAACAGAAUUAGCAACCUCCGCGCUCUCGGAGUCGCUCAACGGCCAAUUUAGCAUGCGUGCAUCGGACUCCUCUGCGCAGCGUCCUCUGGAACUCGUGCGUCCAGUUAGACCGGUUGAGGGAGAGGAGGAACGAAAUGUUACGCAUGUCACCCAGGUGAGACAGGUGGUCUAUCACCCAAGCAGUAGUUCCGAAAUGCAUUUCCCGAUGGGAUACCCUGCCGAAGAAACCUGCCUUCCCCCGGAAGGCAGCGAUCCACAGACAAUCUUGCAGUUCAUGGCAGCCCAGACCAAGCAGGCUGCAAAGGAGAUGCUGGAGGAACAGCCACUUUACGAGGAAGACGAAGAAUGUGCCAUGGAACAGAGCUUGACGAGUGACGCCAGCCCCUUGGUGGAAGAACCAGUCUUCGCCAAAACCCUGCAACCGGACUACCCUGAACUCGUGGAAUUGUCGGGCGGAAACACCCCGUCGGAGCCUCCGAGUCCUCGGUCUCCGUUCGAUUCUCGAACAAAACAUAAUGGAGAGUCUACGUCGUCCGUCCAAAGGAUGGUGGUCAUUGAGGAAAGCGAAGCCCCAUCCAGUCCAAGUAGACCACACAUUCACAGAAUUACUAGGCGCGUCGUGGAAGGACCAGUGACCGAAAUACAAGAGACCUGGACUUUACAAGGUGAUGUAGCGGGUCUGCAGGCACUGCCGGAAGGCUCCUCGAGAAUUCUCCUAGGAUCUGUACAACGAUCUGAAACCUCCUUUGAACCUCGAGAUGGCGCGACCAGAGACUUUACACGCGAUCAAGAAUGGCAAGAACUGCCUCGUGCGGAGCAAGACAUCGUCCAGCAAGCUUCUUGGAAGACUACUGUUGUAGAGACACGACAUGUCCCAGUGCCCGGAGAUAGCGCAAGUGCGGACUCUCACGACGACGGCAUUACUGCGUUUAGGGGGGCUCCAGAAGAGCGGAAUGGAAACAGGGGUGGUGCCCCUUUCAACAUUGACGACUGGGGAGAGCCUCUUGGCCUUCCCGUCCUUCCAGAACCACCCCGGUCCUACGACACAUUGUCCUCCAAGACAUCACGCACAAAAAAGGUGCAAAAAGGCGACGUUGUGUACGUCGACCUGACUUACGUCCCCCACCACGGUGACCCCGCCUACUGCGACGUUGAAUUCUUCAAUCGUGUUCGCGCUCGGUAUUACGUGCUCAGCGGAACCAGUCCAAGCCAAGACGUCCUCAACGCUCUUUUGGAAGCCAAGCGUGGCUGGGAUGACCCGGACGUGCCUGUGACCGUUAUCCCGACGUACGAAACAGACGCCUUGUGUUACUGGAUCGCCCUCAACCAGAAGGCUCUGGAAGAACAGAAGAUCGACGUGGCUCCGUCUGCGUCCAGGUGCACCAUCAAUCUACAAGACCACGAGUCGUCCUGUGCUGCCUACCGUCUGGAAUUCUGAACCCACUACCGCAAAGUACCUUGAUGGUCUUUAUUAGCGAGACUUUCUUACAAAAUAUAGUUGUUCUGCUUGCAUUCUAGAACUCUUUCCCGGACGCGUCUGAUCUUAAGUGUUUGACGGUCUGCUUUGGAGCACAAGCCAAUAUUUCAGGUAACAUAACCAGUGCUUCCGAAUUUCGGUCAUGUAUCAUUGGCACUGUGAAAAUUGUUUCUGCCUAUGACACUGAAACAUUGGACUGUGAGUGUGCGUAUGUUUGUGAAAAUACUGUCAUUGUGCACGGUGUGGGAAAAGUUGGCUGUAUACAUGAAGUGUUAAAUCAAUCAGCACUUGAUACAAGAGUCUGCACCGUUUUCAUAAACCACUUGGGCAGCUACGUCCGAGUGAUAGCGUUAAUUAAGCUUCUAUCUUUUCUUCUCCGAAGAAUCGAGGCCCAUAUCGUUUUUCAAGAUUUGAAAGGACUGUGCACAUCUGACAAUGUAUUCACAGUGACAUUUCUCCCAGGCUAAACCAUUAAAAAGGUUAUGUUAUUUGUAACACUAUGGCCUGCGGCAACAAGGGCAGACUGACCAUAUUUACCUUAUUAUAAAGUAUACACUACUAGACGAAAGGGAGGUCACUUUACAAGACCCUGAGUAAUUAGCAAGCGCACUUUCAACCUAUACGCGGAACGAGACACUGGUGUGUGGGCGGCGCGAAACUGGAAGUGAUGGGGAACAGCACUGAACGAAUAGAGAAAUUUUUGAUGUUAGGUUAGAUGCAUUAACAAGCGCCGAUUAUCGAGCCGUCUUGUGGUCCCUCCGGCGUCUAGCUGUUCAACUCCCGCGCCCUCUACUUUGUUUGUGCGUGCACAAUGCACUCUAGCCUUGCUCCCUUGUGGUAUCCCAUCAUACCAGUUCUCUCGCAGUACCGGUAGUUUUCGUCGUUUUUUGUACUACAACUCCCGUGUGUAAACUUCCACUUUUUCAUGCAUGAACUCGACAGUAAUUUCACCUCUAGUUCUAGUUUUGUUGCACGUUAAACUAGCACGCCCGAUAUCUCUAGUAUACUAUUUGUCUAGAACCGUAGACGUGUUCGGUUUCGGACCCUUCCAAGCUUCGUUGCAGUUUAUUUAUUUACAUCACGGUAAAGAAGAGCUAGGGUUGAGACUAUAUGGUUACGCUUCAUUGAGAGCUUUCUUUGUCUCGACUUGGCUGUGGUCCAAGAGACAACAUAAAGAGGCUUCCAUGAGUGUCCGUGGCAUCUAGAUUGUACUGCAUGGAGCACAGAGCGGUCUUACACGCUUACGCAGUCACGUUAUCCAGGAAGCUAACUUGAUCGUUUCCCUUCGGGUGCGUCCGAAGCAUGGCCGAGUAGUUGCACGAGGCCGUCUUCGCGCCUUCGGCACUCGGUCGGAACACUGUCGGAGUGUUGUCGCAGGGUACCUAUGAAAAGUAAAGUCCUUCAGUUGCCCAAAAAUUCUCCCUCGCUUUGGAGGCCAAUGUUUACAACAACAACAAAAAAAUGGCCUAGAAUGCCAGUUGUACAAUACGAACCCAUCAGAUUAUCAUUCCAGAGAAACGAGCUUAGUGAGAGACAUUUCUUUUUUUGUCACUAAGAUAUGCUUCGGCAGACGUGCCAGUUUAUUGCGUCGCAAAGUGGUCAUGUGAUAUAUCGCAGACGUUCCUCGGGAAAGGGGUAUUUAACCUGAAGACUGGUCACUUUCUUUAGCUUCACACCAAGUUAGUCGUGUUAGUUUUAGACGAGAACGUAGUAAUCGAUGUAAAUAUAGCUUCGUUCCAUUCUUAGCAAAAACGCCGGAGUCUCUUCGGUGUGCCUUAUAUUUGCUUAGAUUUUUUCUGGCUACUAGGAUUAUAACAAUAGCUGUAAAAUGGCUUUCAUUUUUUUUUUUUGUCCUAGACGUAGGUUAGAACAAAACAGCAGUCCCCCACGGUGGCAGCUUACGGAUACAGAUGUUUUUUUUUACCCCCUUCAAUUCUCCUCUUUCUCGCAUGGCCUUCCUUCACGGCCAGACGGUAUUUGGUCCUUUUUCCCCAGCGCUGUUACACCCUAAACCGGGAACCUUGGGCCCAUCUCGUUUCUGUACUUACUAAAUGUAUACACUCGGUAUAGUUGCAAGCUAAGAGCUGCACUCACUCGCUGUACGUAACCGCGUGAGAUGACGAGCAGGGAUUGUAUGAGGUGUGUGACGCGGUGGAAGAGAGUGUGAAUCGAACUGACUGAAACGUGCACGCAAGUAUGCGGGAAGCAAGAGGACACCCAGCACCCUUUUGUUUUCUCCCUUGUUACCUUUUUGGGUGCAGUCCUCGGAUCAAUUGAACUUGUCUCUAGUCAGCAGUUCUUUUUAUCAUUUUUUUUUUCUUCUUUAUCGAAGUGCUGUGUUCCGUUUUGAUGACGAGUAUGUUAGGGUGUGAAGAAUUUUCGACGGUCCACGUACCGUAACCUGAGAUGGAGUGACUUAAUAGUGAGGAGAGGGGAGGACAGCGCCGACGACCUGGUAUCUGCUUCUUGGGAGAGGUCCGACCUUUUGUUCGGUGUGCCUCGCCACGUGAUAAUGAAGAGCGGCCUGAGCGCCCCCGAUACGAUCCGCGAAGGCGGUCGUCGCAUUAUUCUCCUCUCUCACGAGUGCAUAGGGUCAACACUUGCCUGGCGCAACGGCUGACUAGGUAAAGACUGAAACCACCAAUCGCCACGCUUCUUUUAUAUAUAUAUAAAUAUAUAUAUAUAGUAUAAAUAUAUAUUGUUUUCACGUUUUUGUUUUGUGUGUGUGUGUGUGUGAUGCUGCUGAGUCCUCCUUGGCAAUGCGAUUCAAACCAAACCGAACUAAUAGAUGUACGUUUAAUAAAUUUUACUAAUUGGUGAAUCGUUGUCGACGUGCCGUUUGGGUGAUGACUUCUUCGUUGUGAUUACGUGCAUUUAUACCCUAUACUUGCAUAUUCGUAGAAAACGAUCGUGUUAUCGAAAUUGGUGUCGCCAACUUGAUUGGAUCGUUGUUGACUGCGCAGUCAGCUCUGGUGCAGAUUCGCACUUCGCCACUGCAUUUCUUUUAAGAGCCAGAAUCCGCAAUACAACUUUCUGGGCGCACCGCUCUGUUGUUGUCCGUGUGAUGCAUCUGACCUUCUUACGUUUUGAUCUGUGUUUGCCAGUCUUGCAAUCGGCGCGUGACGCAGCACCUUGCCAUUUGCGUUGCGAGUCAACUGUGCAUGACGAAUUGAAGAUAGCGAAUAAAGCAAAGCAGCACUUGAAA